GCAGCCUGCGCUACGGGAAGCUGAAGCCGCAAGUGAUCCGAGAGAUGGAUCUGCCCAGCCAGGACAACAUCUCCUUAACCAGCACUGAGACCCCGCCUCCUCUCUACGUCCCCUCCUCACAGCAUGGCAUGCAAAAGAUUGUGGACCCAUUGGCGCGAGGGCGAGCCUUCCGUAUGGUGGAGGAGGUGGACGGCUACAGCGUGCCUCAGACCCCCAUCACCCCCGGAGCUGCCUCCCUCUGUUCCUUCACCAGCUCCCGCUCAGGUCUCAACCGACUGCCUCGCCGACGCAAGAGGGAGUCUGUGGCGAAGAUGAGCUUCAGGGCCGCGGCAGCUUUGGUCAAGGGGCGCUCAUUACGGGAGAGCACUCUGAGACGGGCCCAAAGACGAAGCUUCACCCCUGCCAGCUUCAUGGAGGAAGAUGUGGUCGACUUCCCAGAUGAACUGGACACAUCCUUCUUUGCCAGAGAUAUUCUGAUGCAGGAGGAGUUGUCCACGUACGCAGACGAGGUGUUCGAGUCGCCGUCUGAGGCGGCCAUGAAAGAGGCAGAGCCCCAGCAGCAAGAAGAUGAAACGGAACUGACUGGCAGCGCCCUGGAUAAAACGGAGCUGGAGAAAAGUCACCUCAUGCUACCUCUGGAGCGAGGGUGGCGUAAGGCCAAAGAAGGAACUCCAGGACCACCAAAGGUGCCCCUGCGGCAGGAGGUGGUGAGCGUUAACGGGCAGCGGCGCGGCCAGCGCAUCGUCGUGCCUGUCAAGAAGCUUUUUGCCCGAGAGAAGAGGCCUUAUGGGUUGGGCAUGGUAGGGAAGCUCACAAACCGCACCUACCGCAAGCGUAUCGACAGCUACGUCAAGAGGCAGAUAGAGGACAUGGAUGACCAUAGGCCUUUUUUUACAUACUGGAUCACCUUUGUCCAUUUGCUCAUCACUAUCUUGGCUGUAUGCAUCUAUGGCAUUGCACCAGUGGGCUUCUCCCAGCAUGAGACGGUUGAUUCUGUUUUAAGAAACAAAGGGGUGUAUGAAAAUGUCAAGUUCGUACAGCAGGAGAACUUCUGGAUCGGGCCGAGUUCGGAAGCUCUGAUCCACUUGGGGGCCAAAUAUUCUCCAUGCAUGCGGCAGGACAAGCAGGUGCAUGAACUUAUCAGGGAAAAGAGAGCUAUCGAACGCAACUCUGCCUGCUGCGUGCGGAACGAUCGCUCUGGCUGUGUCCAAACCUCAGAGGAGGAAUGCUCGAGCACUCUAGCUGUGUGGGUGAAGUGGCCGAGGCAUUCCAGCACUCCCCAGUUAGAUGGUAAAAACAGACAGUAUGGCUCAGUGUGCCAUCAGGACCCCAGGAUAUGUCUAGAGCCUGCCUCGGUAUCACCUCACGAAUGGCCUGAUGACAUCACCAAGUGGCCAAUUUGUACCAGGUACAACACAGGGAACCACACCAACAUGCCUCAUAUAGACUGUACCAUCACAGGCCGACCCUGCUGCAUUGGAACCAAAGGGAGGUGUGAAAUCACAUCCCGGGAAUAUUGUGACUUCAUGAAGGGCUACUUUCAUGAGGAGGCUACUCUCUGCUCUCAAGUGCACUGCAUGGAUGAUGUGUGUGGACUGUUGCCUUUCCUCAAUCCUGAGAUCCCAGAUCAGUUUUACAGGCUCUGGCUCUCACUUUUCCUGCAUGCUGGGAUCCUUCACUGCCUGGUGUCGGUGGCUUUCCAGAUGACCAUCCUGAGGGACCUGGAGAAGCUGGCGGGCUGGCUGCGCAUCUCAAUCAUUUACAUCCUCAGUGGAAUCACUGGCAACUUAGCUUCAGCCAUCUUCCUGCCCUACAGAGCAGAGGUGGGUCCAGCUGGCUCUCAGUUCGGGAUCUUGGCCUGCCUGUUUGUGGAGUUGUUUCAAAGCUGGCAGAUCCUGGCCCAGCCCUGGAGGGCCUUCACCAAGCUCCUGUGCGUGGUGCUCUUCCUCUUCGCCUUCGGGCUACUGCCGUGGAUCGACAAUUUCGCCCACAUCUGCGGCUUCAUCUCCGGCUUCUUCCUGUCCUUCGCCUUCCUGCCCUACAUCAGCUUCGGCCGCAUGGACCUGUACCGCAAACGCUGUCAGAUCAUUGUCUUCCUGCUGGUGUUUGUCGGGCUCUUUUCAGGCCUCGUGGUGCUCUUCUAUGUCUACCCAAUCAAGUGCGAAUGGUGUGAGUUGCUCACCUGCAUCCCCUUCACGGACAAAUUCUGCGAGAAGUACGACCUCAACGCUCACCUUCACUGAAGCGCGUGGGACAGCGUGAGCUCAACGGGGGAAGGCAUCAGGUCAAAAGAUGUGGACUGACAGAUGAGAUCAGCCAGUCUGUGUCUCCACUCUGCUCCUGUGUGGCUGGGGACCGCCACCCCCCCUUCUCUGACUCUGUGAACUUUGACAAUAUGCUUGUGUUUUUUUUUUUUUUAAACUCUGUCAGUAUGAAUACCUAUGCCACUCACCCUAAGAACUUCCUUUAAUCACCUCCCUGUUCACCGACAGUCAUUGUCACUCCUUCACUGUCCAGUGAAACAAAGGUAUGGCACUUCUGAACCUCAUCAAAGCUCCCUACUGCCCUUUACACAUGAGGCAGGAAUUAGAGAAACCAGCGCUGGUACAGAGAGAAGGAUUUUAUUAUUUUUUUUACAUUCACACUCCAGACAUAGGUUUUAUUAUUAUUCAGGCAACCUCAUACAGAAGCAGGGACGAAAAUCAAAUAUUGAUACCUUUGGUGCCUUGUUGAUAAAUGUACCAACUACUGCCAUAUUUUUGUUACAUUAUGCUGAGCACUCGAAUGUUUUCUUUUAUUUGUUUAUUGCUUCUCGAGAAGUGAUGAUUGUUUUUGAACACGGUAGUGUUUUAGCUACCUGUCUACUCACAUGUAACUGAAAAAACAACAGUAAA